GUUUUUCUGACAAGUCACGCCGUUGACGCAGUCACGUAGAGUACGUGCAGCGGUUCAAAGAGGAAGCAAGAUGGCGGAUAACAAAGACGCCGAUGAUAUGGAACCGUCACCUAACCCGCCGCCAGUUCCCUCGUUAGAGGGCAACGAACAAAGCGAAAUUCAAGCCGAAACUGCGACUGCGGUCCCAGAAAGCGACACUAACGAAACGGAAGAGACAGAACCACGUUUUCCUUCUAAUGAGGCGCCAACAAUAACAACAAGCACCACCACAGAAGACGGAGGGGAGCUUAGCAUCAGCAAUGUUAGCGGCAGCUGCAGCAGCAUCGACACGAGCCCGACGGAAACAAACGAAGAACCGGGUCCCGCCGAAGUCCCAGAUCCAGCAAAAGAUCCAGCCCCGGGUCCGUCUCAGGCUCCGGCUUCAGCUCCGGACCCGGCACCACCAGCCUCGGCCACGGCGACAGCCCCGGCCCUUCCCCCGGUCCCGGCGACAGCCCCGGCCCUUCCCCCGGUCCCGGCAACAGCCCCGGCCCUUCCCCCGUUCCCGGCAACAGCCCCGGCCUUGCCCCCGGUCCCGACAACAGCCCCGGCCCUGCCCCCAGUCCCGGCGGCCACGGAUGCCGCAGUCGGUGGGCUUUCAACGGAAAUGUCCCCCCCUCCCACGGCUCCGGCUACAACGCCGGUGCCACUUAAUUUAUUAGAUACCUGCGCAGUGUGUAAACAGAGUCUUCAGAGCCGAGAACCAAAACUUCUGCCAUGCCUGCACUCGUUUUGCCUGAAAUGUAUCCCGCAACCAGAGAGGCAGAUCAGCGUGCAGGUACCUGGACCACACGGACAAACGGACACACACAUUGUCAAUGUGAUGCGAUGCUCAGUGUGCCACCAGGACUACAAACAGAAUGACAUUAUCAACAACUACUUUGUUAAAGAUACCUCCGAGACCACCAGCACAUCUGAUGAAAAGUCUGCAAAUGUGUGCACAAGCUGUGAGGACAACGCCGGGACCAUCGGAUUUUGCAUGGAGUGUGGAGAAUGGUUAUGUAAGACUUGCGUGGAGGCUCAUCAGAGGGUCAAAAUAACCAAAGACCACAAGAUUCGUACAAAAGAGGAUGCUGACACGGGUUCCGAGUCUAUGGGCGGAUCUGGUCGCAGGCUUGUUUUUUGUCCCAUCCACAAGCAAGAACCACUAAAGCUCUUUUGUGAGACCUGUGACACUUUGACCUGUAGGGACUGUCAGCUACUAGAGCACAAGGAGCAUAGGUACCAGUUUCUGGAGGAGGCUUUUGUGAACCACAGAGGCCUCAUUGAAUCGUCCAUGGGCAAACUACAGGAGAAGAAGAACUUUGUCCACUACUCAGUCUCUCAAGUGCAGAACAGGUUAAAAGAACUGAACGACACUCAUAAGAAGGUUGAACAUGAAAUCAAGAUUGCGGUGUUUACUCUGAUAAAUGAGAUCAACAAGAAGGGCAAGUCCUUGCUACAGCAGCUGGAGACUGUGACCAAAGAGCGCAGUGCAAGGCUGAUGGCCCAACAUAAAGAUAUCGGCCAGCUUGCCCAGCAGAUCCAUCACGUGCUCAACUUCUGCCGUUGGGCCAUCUCGACGGGCAGCAGCACGGCGUUGCUUUAUAGCAAGAGGCCGAUUCUAUUUCAGCUCCGCCAGCUCUUCAAGGCGAGAAUAGAGCCAGUGCCGAUGGCCAACGGAGAAGUGCGAUUUUUCUGUGACCCCACCUUCUGGGCCAAAAAUGUGGUAAAUCUAGGUAAUCUGGUCAUUGAGAAGCCACCUCCUCCGACGCAGCUGCCCACACAGCCACCCACUUCGCCAGGCCAAGGUCAUCCUGGCAAACACCCCGGCCAGAUCAGCCUGGCCCAGUUGAACCGUAUGAACCAACUACGGGAAGCCGGCUAUGUUCCAAAGCCGCCUCAACAGCAGCCGCACCAUCCGCACCAACAGAACCAUCCACACCUUCAGCACCAGCAGCAGCAGAUGCAGCAGCAGCAGCAGCAGCAGAUGCAGCAACAGAUGCGCCUUGCUUCCCAAAUAUCCCAACAACUUUCCAGACCGACUGCGCCGCCCAUGGUUCCGCAGCAGCCUCCCAGGCUCAUCAGUAUGCAGCAGCUCCCGCGGGGGCCAAUGGUCCUAAAUGGUGGACCCAUUCCCUCCAUGUAUUCCUCGUCGCACCACAUGCGUCUACCAGGUCCACCACAGAGUAGGAUGCCCCCUGCGCAGCUCAGGCAAAACGGACAGCAGUACCCUAGCAUGAUGCAGCCUCACCUACAGCGGCAGAUGUCGUUAGAAUCUGAGAUGAGCCACCAAAGAUUUCGUUUCUUACUGCAAUCAGGGCAUUCAAACCCAGGCCAUGCAGGACCUUUCCCAGUGGCGUCGGGCCACAAUGCAAACCCCACCAGUCCCACCAGUGCCAGUAUGGCCGGAGCCCACAGUCACAGAGGUCCUGCCAGCCCUGUCAUCGGUCCCAUCGAGCUCAUCCCGUCCGUCACCAACCCGGAGAACCUGCCCUGCCUCCCUGAGAUCCCGCCCAUUCAGCUGGAGGAUGCAGGCUCCAGCAACCUCGGCCACCUCCUGUCUCGUUACAUCACGGCCAGCACGCAGCAGCACUCGGGCUCGCUAGACAUGAACCCCUCUCCUGGACUUUCCACACACUCUCCUGGAUCUUCAGGUCUUUCCAAUGCACACACGCCAGCACGACCCUCCAGCACGUCCAGCACAGGCAGCAGAGGCAGUGUCAGCUCUGCAGGGAGGACAAUGUCAGGAGGGGCUUCUGCUGUGGACCAAGUGCGGGUGAAACAGGAGCCCGGUUUGGACGACAGUCUCAUUUGUCCAGGUUCUUCCAUGAAGGCAGAGCUAGGGGCAAAUGGUGGGAGGAGUGCCUGCAUGAUGAGCAGUCCUGAGAACAGCGCCUUAGGGGAGCGCAUCAAAACAGAGCCCCAGUCUGAGACCUCUUGUUCUGGGCUUAACGGCUCCGGUGUUGCCCCCUCAUCCUCCUGCACUUUGUCCACACAGCUAACUAAUGGAAAAGCGGCCAAGGGGCAGGGGGUGGAUGGUGGCGGCAGUAAAGAGGACGACCCCAACGAAGACUGGUGCGCGGUUUGCAUCAAUGGCGGCGACCUGCUGUGCUGUGACCGGUGUCCUAAAGUGUUCCACAUGAAAUGCCAUGUGCCCACUAUCAAAAUCUUCCCCAAGGGGGAUUUUCUCUGCACAUUUUGCCGGAGUAUAUUGAGUCCGGAAAUUGAGUACUGUGAUGACAGCAAGAGAGUCAAAGGAGAGAAAGUCCUCAAUCCAGAGGACCAAAGGCGAUGUGAGCGCCUCCUGCUGUACAUCUUCUGUCAUGAGCUCAGCGUGGGCUUCAGGGAGCCCGUCCCCAACUCUGUGCCGAACUACUAUCGAAUCAUCAAGAACCCUAUGGAUCUGAAGAAGGUGAAGAAAAAGCUGCAGCUGCGGAGCUCCCAAUACUACAAGACCAUCCAGGAGUUUGUAUCUGACAUGCGCGUGGUCUUCAAAAACUGUGCAAAGUAUAAUGAGAUGUCUCGAAUAAUCCGGGUUUAUGAUGACGACAAACCCAUUAAUACACAGGAGGGAUCCGAGAUGGCGGUCUCCGGCAAAGCGGUGAGCCUGUACUUUGAGGAAAAGCUGCAGGAGAUCUUCCCAGGACAAAGCUUCCCUGAUUUGCCCGACGACGAUGCUACGGAAACGGGGGAUGGGAAUGCAGAGGAAACCGAGGACUCUGAGGACGACUUUGUUCAGCCGCGACGCAAACGGUUAAAAACAGAUGAGAUGGUGGUCCACAUCAAGUGAAGGCGGACGACGCCCCCCAAGUUCUUUUCAUCACAGUUUGUGAUGAAAAGGACAAACAACUGCUUUGAACUGUUUACUGGCAUUUGUGGGGGGGGGGGGGGAAGACAACAGUUUCAUAAACAUUUCACCAACAGGCAAGUUUGAAGUUAUUUUACAGCAACAUUAAGGACUUCUUAUUUUCAUUUGUAUAUUAUGGCAUUUGUGUCAUGAAACCAAUGGUUCGAGUGUAUAAUAUAAUAUUUUCUUUUCAAGACAUGGAGAAAAAAAUCUGUCAAAUGUUGACUUGAUGACUAUAAUGGGAAAUGUUGUGUGUGUAUAAGAGACUUUAGCCCCAUUGAAUGGAAUUACAGGUAUUCCCGCAGUAUUCAUUAUUGGGUGCAUCCUCAAUAAACCGCUGUUCUUGAAAUAUAUUAAAAGAAAAUCUAUGUUGUGGAA